AAAGGGCUGAGCAGAAUGAAUGUACAAGCUCUCUGCAAUGUGUGUGAGAACACAUUCAAUAGUACCAAUCACAAGCCUCUACUCUUGCAGUGUGGUCAUACUUAUUGCCUAGCCUGCCUUGAAGACAUUGAGGCUUCGGGCAAAAAACUUUGCCCAUCAUGCAGAGAAGAAUGGCGAGGCGAAUCAUACGAGCUACCAAUUUGCUACAUGCUGAUACCUGGUGAAAACUUGGUGCCUAAAGCUGCUGGUGAUGCUACUGGCAACAAAGUUGACUAUAACACGUGCUUGUUGCACUCAUGCACCAUAGAACACUGGUGCUGCAAGUGUCAAGUUGCCACCUGCAAGAAGUGCAUUUCUGAGAUGCAUUAUGCUCAUGGACAGGUUUCUUUUGACAAUGUUGUUGGUCAAGAAAUUGACAUAGAACAAAUAAAGCAAUCAUUUAAUGGAAACCUAGGGAACAAGUUUAAAGAAGGCCUGAAAAGUUCACUCACCCUGUGCAAUGAAGGAAUUGAAUUAAUGGAGUCAAUGAAAGAAAUUGAGACUAAGCUAUUGGCAUGGAAGAAACAUCUCCUGGCUCAAGAAAAGAAUUUGUCAGCUUGUAUGGAGCAUGUAGAAAACACAAGUGAGGCAGCAUUGAAAGCAAAGUUUGAUUCCUUCUUGAAAACAAUGUCAUGGUGUGAUGUGGAAAAAGCAAGUCUUUUGUCAAAAUUCCAAUUGCCUGCAAUGAAAGUGGAUGCCUUCAACGGAGAACUUCGGUCAUUAAAUGAAGAUCUGGAAGCUGAGAAGCAAAACCUGCUGCCAGAAGAGUUCCAGGCAUUGUCAAAAGAUAUUGUCGUUAAAGGAGAAAGUAUGAGCAAGAAAAUUGUGCGAGCACGGCCAAUUCUUGCAGCACGUGAAGAGGCCACAGUUACAGUGGUAUCCUCCGUGCAAGACCCCAUCAUUAGCCUGCAGGAACUUCUCUUAUACUUGAUGAAUGGUCGCACUGUUAUACACCUCCAGCUGUUGGAUACUUUUUUCAAUGGCAACAGAAGCAGUGCAGAUGAUUCCAUAAGACUGAAACAUUUCUUAUGCAGAAACUUUGGGUUGCAUCUAGCAUCAUUCUAUGGUCACCUCACAUACGCCGCAUGGGUCAUGUUUGAUGUUGUUGGACUACCGAAGCUUGGGCUGCAUCUCCAGUCUGGAGCUGACGUGGCUGAUGUCAACAAGAUCCUGAAUGACAACUGCGGUGCUGGGAACGUUGCUACCGUUCCAGGCAAACAGUCAACUGUCGGUGGAACCUCGGUUCUGAUGUGUAGAGAGCCGUUCAUAGCAGAUAUUGCCAUCAACAAAAGCAUCUAUGAGGACGAUAUCGUGGCGUGCCUAGAGCCGAAGACUAACAGGCUGUACCGACUGCACUUGGGGAAACUGGAAGAUAGUGACUGGAGCAGAUGCAGCCGCGUGGUCAAACGUUUGCUCCCAGGAACUGGGAGCAAGUUUGCACAAGUUUGUCCCAGGGGAGUUUUUGGGAAAAACUGGGAGUUUUUACACAAGUUUGUCCCAGCAACUGGGAGCAAGUCACGCGGUGGUAAAGUCACGCGGGACCACGAACUUUGGAUACACGAUGGCAGUGGCUUAUCAGCAAGCGUCACGGAGCAAGUUGCGAGGUAUUUGUACGAUUACACGAGUAUUGGCAUACUGAGAAUGAAUAAUCAAUCAAGCGAGGAAGCCCAACAACAGCUGACUGCCCAAUGCUCUGGUUGUGCCACCUUACAUUUCAACAUUCCAUCUUUUUAAAGUUUUCUGUCAACCGCUGGCAAAUCUGAAUGUUAAGUAAGUACGUACAGUAUUUAACGAAACAUAAAUUUGCACUUCUGCUACGAACAUGAUAACGUAAUAAAUAUAUUUUGCUGUACACCACACCGCAUGAACGGAGAAUGCCAGCCAUGAUUGGCUCGCUAAAAUUUUCAAUACGCGGUAAAGUAAUCAAUACGUUGUAAUAAUUACUUUAUUGAAGUCAAUAAUUUCAAUACGAUGUUAAAUUUUCAGUCCGAACGUUUGGAAGAGCCAUCAGAAAAAAAGUCGAAAUUAAAUUUGGCUUAGUUUCAUAUUAAUGUUUUGGUAUGGCAUGUGCGGUGAAGACAUCCUGGUCUGGAUUUUCGGAGGAACGCGUAUCCCAUUCCUCCAAUGUAUUUACGGACUUCAUUUCUAAUAGAUGUAUGAAAUAGGUCCUAGAUGAACUACAUAAUUUGAGCGUGAAUUGUAAUUAGAAUUUUUAAAAACUUUAUUCAUUCGUUCAAAUUCUAUUCGGAUGAAAAGGAUACGGGAAUUCCCCUUUACGAGUAAUGGGAUGAAUUGAGAGCAGAACUAUUCACUUCCUAUCAAUAUGGCAUUUUAAAACAGUUUUCAAGCGGUACGUUUCCAUUAAGAUAGAUUUAUCAUCUUCCAUUUUAAUGGGGAUUUUUGAUUAAAUUCAUAAAUUUAGGUAAAGCUUAAUAUUGCAUAUUUCGUGAGAAUUUCUCGCAGAAAAUUCUUUUUUAGAAAUCUUCGGCAUUAAUAAAUUGUUUUAUGUGUGGUAUCAAUAUUACGGAAUUGCGAUGCAUCCAGAAGUUUUUCAUUUUCAACUGUGACUUUAACAGGAUACGUUCACAUGUAUCAAACAUUUAAUCAAAACACGUUUUUCUAUUGUCAAGCGUUAUGCGAUGAAUCCGUAUCUAAGUUUGAUCAAACUGGAUGAUUUUAGUUUGUUUCUAAGUAAAGGC